AUGUCAACAUCAGAGAACACAACAACUGCUAUCGUUCAUGAAGCCAUAAAUGAAGAAUACGAAUACAUACAAUAUAACAAACAACUUCGCCUCAUUCGUUCGGUCAAAGACGAUAUGUACCAGAUGCAAAGUAUAAUGAAUGCUCUUCGUUCUACAAAGCAAGCAUAUCAUUGGUUUGAAAACCAACAGACAAAAGAACUUUUAGAAGAAUUUCCUCAUAUGAUUGCUUCCCUCGGAAAACCGAGGGAAGAGAUUCCGUAUGAAAAUCGCAAGAAUUUGGCUCCUGGUUUGA